AAAUUGCCCCAGACCUGAGACCUGUCCACCUGAAAACUAACCUGGCCAACGCUUCCUUUGAGGAAAUAGAUGGGCUAUGUUCUUGCUGACCAGCCAUGUUUCUAUGCUCGAACUGUAGCCGAUCCUUCUCCCGGCCCGAGAACUUAAGUCGGCAUGCACGAACACACAAAGCAGUACUUCCUUAUGCAUGCCCGACUUGCAAUAGAGGCUUCUCGAGGAGUGACCUGCUGGCAAAACAUGAAAAGCUGCAUAACAAACCCGGAGAUGGUGCGAAGAAACGGACAGCCCAAGUUCCAGGCCCAACUGACCCCGGUGGUCCAAAACCAAAACGUCCCAGAGGGCUUGAUGGUGGCCCACCAGCACGAGCUGAAUCCCACGUCCCAAGCAUCGAGCCUCUUACUGCUUCUCGUGCCUCCGCUGUAUCGGGAGCAACUUUGAACGCCACUCCUCACUCGCAUCACAGAGGAUUUCAAGUUGUCGGAUCCGGCGGACCAACUUUACCUAGCCACUUCAAUUCAACUGCAUCCAAUACGGGGUCCCCAAACGUUCUUCCCCCACUUGGCUCAAUGCCUAUGUAUGCCGAUGUGGAUCCCCAAUCACACUACUUCGAUUUCAUGUCAUUCAGCAAGCCAUGGAAUGGCGAUAUGCUUGCGAACUCGCCUGAUUGGUUUUCGCUAGACUUCUAUGAAGCUUUACAUGAGACCAAUUGCAACUUUGAUGGAACAACCACCUAUCCACGCAACACAUACUCGCCCAGCGUCUUUCCACUCGAGUAUCUUUUCGCCAACAGUCUAGAACAUCGUCCUUCCAACUCCUAUGAGCAACCGGAUCCCCGCGCCUCGCAACCUCCCAAUCAUGACGACUCCGAAAAGAUGUCAUGUGCUGCAUCACCUCCCAAUGAAGCCUCCUACGAGGAUCGCCUGCCUUUUGCCUGGAACCCCAAGUCCCGCGGCAUAAGCUCUGCGAAACCAAUCUGUCUAGAUUUUAGUGACCCGCUGGUACAGAACCACGACCCCAGGUUUGACAUAUCAGACCGGGUACUCGAAGAAGUGGCAAAAUUUCUCGAUGCGGGUGUGCAAACAAGCCCCAGGGAAGCCUUCACUCUGCCGCCGCUCUACGUGGUGAACGCCUUCAUCGGGUUGUUCUUCAAACAUUUCUCGUGUCAAGCUUCUGUUCUACACCAUCCAACUGUAGACACCAACACACUGCCACGCUCUCUGUUGGCCGUCAUCAUUGUUGUGGGUGCCAUCUACAGUGGGCUGAGGCGUACCCUUCGGUUUGCCAUCAUACUACUGGAACGUGUCAGGCGUAAUCUUCAACUUGAUAUCGAGAACGACAAUAGCCUAAUGAGAGAACCACUCAUCAUCUACGCAUGCGCCCUCGUAUGCUACGCUGGACUGUGGUGUGGCAACAAGCGCGCUUUUCAGCUUGCAGAAGUAUCGCGGGCCGUUAUAGUCACCUACAUUAGACGAUUGCCAAAGCACCAGGAGAAACGCUCGCCAAGUUCGAAUCUGGAUUUCCAGUGGUCCGAGUGGGUCACAUUGGAGAGCCGUAAGAGGCUUCGGUGGUUUGUUUUCAUGAUUGACUCUCAUUUUCCAAACCUACUCAAUAUGCCAAGCAUGUUCUCACUUUCGGAGGCGAUGCGAUGGGAAUGCCCAUGCGAUGACCACUUCUGGACUGCGCAAAAUGCUCGUUGUUGGAAAGACCUCCUCGGAACUUCCCCAAACCCUCCAGCACCGAGCUUUGCCGUUGCUGUCGCCCCUUUCCUGGGACCUGCAUUGGGCCACACAACACAAAGACCCCAGCAAGCGCUCAACCUCAAUCCAUGGAGUUCCUUCCUCGUCUUGACUGUGAUAGCUUCCAAAGCUUUCGACUACUCACAGACCUUUAUAAUCGCAGAAUGGGUUGCACCGCCUGAGUCCGACGUCAACGGCUGUGUUCAAAUGGGAUUCGGAAAUCACCGUAUGGCUAAUUUCGGCAAUCUUGCCUACGACCGGCACAAUAUUUUAGAUGCCCUGCACCGGUGGCAAAUUGCAUAUGGGGUGACUGGAUCAUCUCGAACGCGUACAUAUCAGGAAGAGAAUUUUCUGCACCUCGCAUCGUUAUGGCUUCAUCGCCUUUCAGAAAUGUGUAUGAGCAUCUCCCUGACUGACCUUCAAGAUGCCAUUGGAAAUGAGGGACCGGAAAGUUCACCCGCUGGAUUCAAACAUCUGGGACAAGCAAGCGUUUUCGAGUCAUUACCGUUGCGACAGACCUCCAACCGGCAUGUGGGCGGUGUAGACACCGGCGACCAACGUUUUGGCAUCUCGGCAGCAUACGAAGCUUUAAGGAUCAUUUCCAUGACUAGGGAAACUUCCGUUGUCGAGAUAGCGGCACCUUAUAGCACAAUUUCCAUUUUUCUGGCUCAUGUCACACUGUGGGCUCUGGCAAGAGUCUCGUCGGCCGACAUGAAGAACCAAAUUCUUCAGCUAACGAGAGAUCCAGUGUUGGCGUCGUCUUUACCGGAUGCAUUCCUGAACGUGUUGAACUCGGCCUUUUCAACCGAGCCAGGGAGUGAUGGUGUCAAAGAAGCGUCGCAGAUUUUCAAGCAUGGCGCAAUCUCUUUGGCGAAAUUUGGGAGAUGGGGUGCGUGUCUCAAUGUUGCUGUGCUGCUGCACUGGCUUGCAGAGCAUUAAUGAGUGAGAGCAGGCAUUUAUCCACAUACUUCGAAUUGGAUUAGGCAAGUCUGAUUCCAUGUAUUAUAGAAGCAAAAGGUUGUGUUCUUAGAUGUAACGAGG